AUGCGCGCGAGACGCCUUGGCCGCGGCGACGGCGCUGCGCUCUUCGGGCUGCUGUGGGCGGCCUCGUGUCUAUUCCUGGUGGCGCUGCGCUUCUCCCCUCACGAACGGGCGGCGUCGGGCGUCCAGGCAUCUCGAAAAUCCGCUGUCUUUGAGCCAAAAUCUGCGAUGGAGGACGGAUUUUUCCCGCUAAAUGAGGAUUCCGAGGGCCAGGCGACGGUGUCGCUGGUCGAGUCGCUGCCCGUGGGGGACUUCGCGCUGGCGUUGGCCGUCCCGCAGACGUUCGAGGCGUUGACGCGCCAUGUUCAGACGGCAAAGACGUCCAUCGACCUCAGUGCCAUGUACUGGAACCUGCUGGGCGCCGACGACCGCAAAGUUUAUUCGGAGGCCGAGAUGAAGCAAUUCGGGGCGGAGCGAGGCCGCAAGCUGCUGUUUGCACUGCGAGACGCGGCAACUCGGGGUGUAAAAUUCCGGAUUUUAACCGCUAAACAAAGUAUCGGUGAGCAAGAGCAGAUUUUAUCGGAUGAACGCGCAUCGUGCUCUAAAUUACCCGAGGAAGUGCAGAUGCUGGUGGAUGCAGCGAAGGAAAAUAUCCAAGUGCGCUGCUGGAGCGGCCCCGAGUGGUACGGCAGCGGCAUCUUGCACCAGAAAAUCUGGAUUUUCGAUUCGCGUCACGUGUAUGUGGGGAGCGCCAACAUGGACUGGAAGUCGCUGGCACAAGUGAUGGAGGUGGGCGUGGUCAUGGAAAAUCUACCGACAAAAUCUACUGUGAUGCAGGACAUACAGAGGCUGUUUGAGACCUGGUGGAUGUUCGCGUCGCCCGAGUUGCUGCCGGCGAAGACGGGGAGCUACUUCUCGGAGAAGUUCCAGCGGGAGCUGCAAGUGCCGGCGUGGUCGCUGUAUCUGCCGGAGGAUAAGAGAAGUGAAGAUCCAUUCAUGAAGGCGGGGUUGCAAUCGCUGGGAAACAUUUCUCAUCAGUUGGAGACACCGUUUAGUUCACGUUCGGAGGGAAAUGAGACGGAAGAUGAUUCCGAAGUUGGUGCGUCGACCUCCGCGCAGAUGUUCGUUGCGGCUGCACCGUUGGAGGCAACCGCUGGACACUCGCGCGCCUUUGAUGAAGACGCGUUGGUGUACACGAUCCGAUCGGCCAAUUCGUUCGUUAGUCUCAGUGUCAUGGACUUUGCGCCGUUCUCGAUGUACACGCCCGGACCUCUCCACUGGCCAGCGCUGACUGAUGCACUGCUGGCCGGUGUGUACAGCAAGCCUGGGCUACGCGUGCGUCUGUUGAUCAGCCAGUGGCAGCAUACCAGCCCUCAACUGCUGGAGGCACUUGCCACGCUGAAGAAGCAGGCGGAACUGUGUCAGCAUAUGCACGCUCGGUGCUCCGGAAGACUCGAGAUCAAGAUCUUCCGUGUGCCAGGUUGGCAGAACACGACGUCGAGCGCUGGUUCGAAGGCUGCGUGGCCUUCGUACACCCGCGUGAACCACGCCAAGUACAUUGUCACGGAUACUCGCGCGAACGUGGGCACGAGCAACAUGGAGUGGGGAUACUUUUACACCACAGCAGGGGCGAGCGUCAACACGAACCACGAACCGACACGAAAGGCACUUGAAAACGUGUUUGAGAGGAAUUGGAACUCAAGCUACGCUAAAGCCUUGGAAGAAGUAAUCGCAAGCGAGUCUUAAGCAUUCCUCAGGCCGUCUACGUGUUGCGUGUUUGUCUUGCCCCAAUAACGCAAAAAAUAAAUAUUCAUUCGUAUAGUCU